UUUGUGCAGUAUCAUUGCAGACGAGUGGACUAACCGGUGAUCACUAGGGGCAUAUUUGGCAAUUAUAUUUUGUCCACGAGAGGAUGACGGAGAAGGGGUUAGUUAGGCAGCAGGUUGUUGCAAGUUUCAUCUGCGGAGAUACCAAAGCGCGCUUAAUAUACGCGCGCGCUCUCUUUCGUCGCAUUGUUUUCCUACUUCAUUUGCGUCCCCUUCAUUCUGCAUUUCGCAGGGAAAAUCUCCAUCCUCCCAACUUAUCCAGAAAAAGGGAAAAGAAAAGAGAAGAGAAGAAGAGAAAAUGUUUGCAAUUCGGUGCAUUAAUCGGCCCUACCUGCGAGCAUCAGUGUUUCUGCAUUCCCCGUAUUCUUCAGCUGCAGCUGUACAUGCCGAGAGAACCAUCCGAGAAGGUCCUAGAAACGACUGGUCCAGAGAAGAGAUCAAGUCCGUCUACGACUCUCCACUUCUCGAUCUUCUCUUCCAUGGGGCUCAAGUUCAUAGGCAUGCUCAUAACUUCAGGGAAGUUCAGCAAUGUACUCUCCUUUCUGUUAAAACUGGUGGAUGUAGCGAGGAUUGUUCAUAUUGUCCUCAGUCCUCCAGGUAUGACACUGGACUGAAGGCCCAAAAGCUUAUGAACAAGGAGGCUGUUCUGCUGGCAGCAAAAAAGGCAAAGGAGGCUGGUAGCACACGUUUCUGCAUGGGUGCAGCAUGGAGAGACACGGUAGGAAGAAAAACCAACUUCAAGCAGAUCCUUGAAUAUGUGAGAGAAAUAAGGGAUAUGGGGAUGGAGGUGUGCUGCACCUUGGGCAUGUUAGAGAAGCAGCAGGCUGUAGAACUGAAGGAGGCAGGCCUGACGGCAUAUAACCAUAAUCUUGAUACUUCAAGAGAGUAUUAUCCAACUAUAAUAACCACAAGAACUUAUGAUGAACGUAUCGAAACCCUUAAAUUUGUUCGUGAGGCUGGAAUUAAUGUCUGUUCAGGGGGGAUUAUAGGGCUUGGAGAAGCAGAAGAGGAUCGAGUUGGUUUGUUGCAUACAUUGUCUACACUCCCUACACACCCUGAGAGUGUUCCCAUCAAUGCCCUGCUUGCUGUAAAAGGCACACCCCUUCAAGAUCAAAAGCCAGUUGGAAUAUGGGAGAUGAUUAGGAUGAUCGCCACUGCCCGCAUUAUUAUGCCAAAAGCAAUGGUCAGGUUAUCGGCUGGCAGAGUUCGUUUUUCCAUGCCUGAGCAAGCAUUAUGCUUUCUUGCUGGUGCAAACUCUAUCUUCACCGGUGAGAAGCUGUUGACAACUCCCAACAAUGAUUUUGACACAGAUCAACUCAUGUUCAAGGUGCUUGGACUAAUUCCCAAAGCUCCCAGUUUUUCGGAUGAUGGAGUGAAGGCUUCUGAAGCAGAACCUUGGGAGGAAGCUCUUUCCAGUUCUGGUUGAUAUUUUAGUUAUUCUCAAGGAUUGCUUUUUUGUCAUUUUUCUCUGCCCAGGCAGCUACCCUUUUCUCUCUAUUCAGUUUAUUCAUAUGUAUUAGUUUUAAUAUGCCUCAAUUCUUGUGUCUCUCUCUUUCAGUCUCCCUUUCGUGCACACAACACACUGGGGGUGCGAUUAUGGGGAGUGUCUUGUUGCAGAACUAAAAGGAAUAGGUAAUAUAUUAGGCUUCCCUUUA